UGCUGAUGUUGCUACAUGCAAAAGUGUUGCGAAGGAGUUGAGGAUGGAGUUGAAGUGAGGUGGAAGAAGUUGAGAUAGCGCGGUGGAUGGAUGGCCUGAGGAAUUCUGUCGCCUCUUUUCAUCCGUCUUUCCCUCUCUUCUCUUCCUCUUCCCCCCUCCUCUUCCCUCUUACCCUUCCCUCUUCCUCUCAUCCCUCUUCAUCUCUUCCCUUUCAUUCUCUUUGUCGACCUAUAGCCGUUUCUUCCCUGAAUUACCUGCCUGUCCAUGGAUGCCACUUCACACUGCCAAAUGAAUACCCUUCAGCCCCUUUCCUGGCAUCUUCGCCCGCGGAGAAUUCGGAACGAUUCGCCGAAGCAAAAGGCGCAGCAACUGGCAACCCAACCAGGGCUUCUCCACUCCGCAGGGUUCUGGUGAAAUGGCUUCAACGCUAGACAGCCGAUGCCCCAUGAGCUUGGCCUUUUUAGUCUUAGGUGGGCCCUCCAGGCCAACCCGAUCACACUCGAGUCCGAC